AUGGGUUUCAUCCCGCUCGAUCAGGCGAAUCUUCCCAGUGCGCCAACAAACGGUUUCGAGAAAAUGACGACACACGUCAGUGUCGACGACUUUCUGUCUUUCGAUGUUGCGGGCCUUGCAUCUGAUACCCCGAGCCCGACUGGCAUGAAAGAAGAAGUCGUGUUGCUUUCAUGGCUAAUUGUUCUUCUGCGAAGCCGCGAAGAUGCCCAAAUAACCUACGACUGGACCUACAAACAUGGCGCGGACUAUGUGGCGUCGGAGCCAGUCAACAAGCUGUCAAUGAAUGAAGUAAUGAGUGGAUUACAAAGUAAUGUGGGAGAAGUUGGUGCGACAAUUGCGCGCAACAUUGCGACAGCUUCACAAGCCACUUCAAACCCGGCAUCCCUCGUUUUGAGCACGAGCUCCCUUUCAAGAGAGCCUGCUGAAACAAAAGAUGAAGAUGUACUUCAUCUCGAAAUCCGCUUCAAUAAUGCGCGCCUCGAAAUCAGCCCAGUGUGGCACAUUGAGAAGAUGCUGCCAUACGCAGUGAAACACCAUAUUGAGGCUUUGGCUGAUACCAUUAAAGUGUGCCUUUCAAGCUCUGACGCGACCAUCCAAGCUUGCUUGAAACCAACAGAAAGCGAUUUGAGAGACAUCUGGAGUUGGAACCACCAGCUGCCUCCUACGCACAGCUUUUGUAUGCAAGACAGAAUUGCUGACAGAGCUCGGGAACACCCAGACAAAGUCGCGAUUGAUUCUUGGGAUGGUAGCUUGACUUACGGCCAAGUUGAUCAAUAUUCCACCUAUGUGGCAUGCUGUCUCGUGGAAAUGGGUGUCCAGGUCCACGAUGUUCUUCCAGUAUGCUUUGAAAAGUCAAGAUGGACCAUCAUCGCCGUGCUCGGUGUGAUGAAGGCUGGAGGAACUCUCGCCCUCAUGGACCCAACUCUUCCCCUCGCCCGUCUCCAGAACAUGGGCGUGCAAGUAGGCGCAAAGUCGAUGGUUGCGUCUCGCAAGCAAUCUGAACUGGCCCAAAAAAUUCUUCCCGAUGGUCAGCACUUUGUUGUAGACGAAGAGACGUUCACAAAAUUGGAGAACUCUCCAUCAACCACCACCCUACCAGCUGUGCCUCCCUCCGCUCUUCUCUACAUUAUAUUUACCUCUGGAAGCACCGGUACCCCCAAAGGAGUGAUGAUCUCCCAUGAAACAUACACAAGUAGCGCUCUUCCUCGAGGCGAGGCAGUUGGCUACACCCCCGAGUCCAGAGUUCUGGAUUUCGCGUCCUAUGCUUUUGAUGUCAGCAUUGACAGCAUGCUUGUCACUGUCGGAAAUGGGGGCUGUCUUUGCAUUCCCUCUGACGAGGACAGAUUGAACGAUAUCAAUGAAGUGAUUCGGAAGUUGCGAAUUAACUAUACCGGUCUGACUCCUUCAGUUGGCCGAAUUUUGGAACCGGAUGUUAUUGCAUCCCUCAGUGGACUUGGACUUGGUGGAGAGGCAGUCUCCGCCAGAGACGCCAAUAAUUGGGGCAAAGAGACCCGUAUUAUUAUUGGAUACGGUCCUUGCGAAUGUACAGUUGGUUGUACUAUCAACAGCAGCGCUGCGACUGGCAGGGAUUACCUUUCCAUCGGUCCUGGCAAUGGUGCUGCCAUGUGGAUCGUGAACCCCAAUGACCACAAUGAACUUGUUCCAGUUGGUGGUGUGGGUGAACUGCUUGUUGAGGGUCCUAUUGUCGGACAGGGUUACCUCAAUGACCCCGAGAAGACUGCCUCAGUGUUCAUUAACGAUCCCACCUGGUUGGUUGCGGGCCACAAAGACUACCCCGGUCGUCAAGGUCGCCUGUACAAGACUGGUGAUCUUGGAAAAUAUGAUCCCGAUGGACUGGGCGGUAUUGUCUUCGUGGGCCGCAAGGAUACCCAAGUCAAGCUUCGUGGACAGCGUGUCGAGCUUGGCGAGAUUGAGAGCCAGCUUAAGGCUGUUCUGCCUUCCGAUGCCAACAUUAUUGCCGAAGUGAUCACCCCUAAGGAGUAUGGAGGCCAGGCGAUGCUCGUCGCAUUUGUUACUUUUGGUUCCACAAAGGGACAGAGUGAGCUUGCCCUAGAGCCCCUCUCGAGCGAGCUGAACGAGAUUAUCACCAAGGCCAAUGCGGAUGUUGCCAAAGUCUUGCCACGGUACAUGGUACCGACUAUCUAUAUCCCCGUCAACGUCAUGCCAGUGUUGAUCUCCGGCAAGACUGAUCGUAAGCAACUCCGCGCAUUCGGCUCCAGCGUCGAUCUGCGUCAGCUGGACCAAGGAGCAGCAAGCACUGCCUCUCGCGAACUCAGCGAACUCGAGCAGCGUCUGCGGAAGACAUGGGGCGAGACACUCAAGCUUGACGCCGAAGCUAUUCGACCCGACGACAAUUUCUUCGCCCUCGGUGGUGACUCUUUGGCUGCAAUGAGACUUUCGUCUGUGUGUAGAACACAAGGUCUUGAUCUCUCUGUCAUAGAUACCUUUGGGAAUCCGACUCUCUCAGCAAUGGCUGGUGUUGUCAAACCCUGCAGCACGGAGACCGAGACAGAAAUUCCUGCAUUCUCAUUGAUCUCUCAAUCUGUCGAGAGUGCCCGUCUUGAAGCAGCAGAGGCCUGUGGGGUGGACCAAGAGGCCAUUGAGGAUAUCUACCUAUGCACACCCACCCAAGAGUCACUUUUCACUUUCUCGCUCAAAUCAGCCAAGGCAUACAUCGCCCAGAGAGUCGCAAACAUCCCAUCGCACAUUUCCACCGAUGCAUGGAAGAGGGCGUGGGAGGAUGUUGUUGCCGCAAGCCCUAUCCUUCGCUCUCGCCUGGCACCUCUCCAAGACCCUGGCCUUCAACAGAUUGUUGUCAAGGAAGGCGUUUCCUGGAGAUACGAUACCGACCUGGAGCAGUACCUUGAGAAUGACCGAAGUGAGCGCAUGAACCUCGGACAAAGUUUGGCUCGCUAUGCCAUUGUCGCCAACGAAGACAAUCGAUACAUGGUCUGGACUGUUCACCACGUCCUCUACGACGGAUGGUCAGAGCCUAUUGUCCUCAAGCAAGUUAGUGACGCACUGCAAAACCAAUCCGUCGAGAUCCAGACAAAGAUGCGUAACUUCGUCAAAUACGUGUGUGACACCGACGAGAAUGCCAUGCAUGAAUUCUGGCGUCGCGAACUGAAGGGCGCCGUUGGUCCUCAAUUCCCUCGUCUUCCCUCCAGAGACUUCAUGCCCACCCCCAACGGCUUGAUCGAGCAUCAGAUCUCGCUCGAGCCCAACGCUGGCUCACCUUUCACAAUGGCCACCUUGGUCCGUGGUGCAUGGGCUCUUGUUGCAUCUCAAUACACUGGAAGCGACGAUGUCGUCUUCGGCGAGACCCUCACCGGUCGUGAUAUCGCCCUGCCAGGCAUUGAAAGCAUCGUCGGACCCUUGAUCGCAACCAUCCCCAUCCGCGUCCACGUCCGCCGCUCAAGCUCCAUCGAGGCUUAUCUGCAAACAAUCCAGCAAUCAGUCUUGGCCCGUACACCCUACCAGCACAUGGGAAUGCAGAAUAUCCGAAAGGUCAGUCAGGAUGCUCAGUACGCAUGCGAAGCCCCUACCGGUCUUGUCAUUCAGCCCGACCCAGAAUACGUGGGUAGUGAACUCGGCUUUGAGCUUGGAGACGUUGUACGCGAAGCAAUUCACUUCAAUCCCUACCCUGUCAUGGUCGCCUUUGGAAUUCGCAAGGGCGGUCUCAGAGUCUGCGCAAGCUUCGAUACCAGCUUGAUUGAAGGUUCUCAAAUGCAGCGUAUUCUUGCACAGCUGGAAACCGCUUGCAUACAGCUGUCCAAGGGUCUUGACCGGAGACUUGAUGAGAUUUCUUACUCCCCCCUGUCUGUGGAUGAGUCUACUGGUAAGCUUCGCGCGGAGGCUACCAUGAAGCAGGGGGCUGUCUAUCCCCGUGCUGUUGUUCCCUGGGUGUGUGAUGCGCGCAAUCCGACUCUUUUGUCGCCGAUCAACUCUGUUGGUGAGCUCUGGCUUGAGGGUGAUUGUCUCUCCGGCGAGACCGUUGACUCUCCAGCUUGGCUCGUGGCUGGAAGUGCUGGAUCCGCUGGCCGGACUGGAAAGUUGCAGCCCACUGGGGAUAUGGUGCAAUUGCGUGAGGAUGGCAGUUUGGCGUUUGUCGGCCGCAAGGAGAACGUGGUUGCGCUCCAUGGACAUGCAAUUGAUAUUGCAGACCUUGAGUCGCACUUCAUUGACCACCUCCCAUCGUCAACUCGUGCAGCAGCAGCAGUGUUCAUGCCAUCUGCUGAUGACACUCAGAAGAUGGUAGAACAAGAGCUCGUUGUCUUUGUUGAGAAGCAGCUUUCGGAGGAAGACAACAUUAAAAUCUCCUCCGAGAAGCACGGCGUUGCCAACAGUGAGUCUGGCUUUGAGACAACUAUCUGUGAUAUGAUCCCUGUCAGUCUUGCUGUUUCUCUGAAGAAGCUUGAUAAGUACAUUCGGGACUCAUUGCCGGCUUAUAUGGCUCCCUCUACGUACAUUAUAGUUGACAAGUUGCCCGCUGGUCUGGGUCAACUCGAACACACCAUGCUGAACCAGCUGGCAUCGAAGAUCCCUCGGAGCGUUCUCAACCAAGUCCGCGAGGGGACAAAAGAGGCCUGGACCAAGGGCUUAGCGCAGACCAGCCUGACACCCGAAGAGAAGAUCCUACAGGCUGCUUGGGCCAAGAUCCUUCGCCUUUUCCCAGAGCAGAUUGAUGUCGAUGACAACUUUUUCCGUCUCGGAGGUGACUCUGUCUUAGCCAUGAAACUAGUGUCCGGCCUCCGCACCCAAGGUCACGCCCUGUCUGUGGCCGAUAUUUUCCAAAACAUGCGUCUCGGCGAUGCCGCCAAGGUGUUGAAGGUUGACCAAGCUUCCAAGGACAGUGUUCAGCCUUACAAGCCCUUCUCGGCACUGAGCAACUUGGACAUCAAGAUGUUCUUGGCUUCCACCGUCCGACCCAAGCUUGCCAACCCUGGCUGGCCCAUCCGCGAUGUUUGUCCCGUCACGGAGUCUCAAUCGAUGGAUAUCCGACAGACUGUCCAGGCACCACGAACAUCCAUCCAGUACAACAUGCUGUACUUUGACCAGACGGUCAACAUCAAACAGUUGCUCCGUGCAUGCAAUGAUUUGGCCAAGACUCAUGACAUCCUGCGCACCGUUUUCAUCGAAAACGAAUUUAGCUUCCUCCAGGUUGUUUUGGAAGAGGCAAUUCUGCCCAUAGCCAUGCACCAGACCAACCAGGAUCUCGAGCAAUACGUGACCCGCCUCUGCAAGACAGACAUUGAGACAGCCUACGAGCUUGGGUCGCCAUUCUUCAAGAUCUUCCAUGUGGAAGGCACCGAUGGCAAGCACUGCCUCAUCCUCAGUCUCUCGCAUGCCCAAUACGACGGUGUCUCAUUGCCCAGAAUCCUCCAAGAUCUCGAGACCCUAUACACAGGCGGAAAGGUUAUCGACUUUGAGCCAUUCGCCUCAUACAUCGCCCGCAUCUCCGACGGUCGCCUCCAAACCCAAGCCGUCAACUACUGGAACAACCUCCUCAAGGACUCAUCAUUGUCCGUGUUGGAUGGCCCAGUCGUCGAGCCAACCGACAAAGCAAUCUUCCAAGAGACGCCGGUGGAGAACUUCACCCCGGUGCAAGAGAUCACCGCUGCAAACGUCCUCACCGCAGCCUGGGCAUUGGUCUUAGCCCGCCGUCUCGGUAAGCCAGACGUGACAUUCGGAACAGUCACAUCAGGCCGAACUCUCGACCUCGCGAAUGUCGAGAACGUUAUCGGUCCUUGCUACCAACUCACGCCAGUUCGAGUGAAGUUUGAGUCUCAAUGGACAGCAAUGGACCUGCUUCAAUUUGUGCAGAAGCAAGCCGCCGAAUCGUCCGCAUAUGAUUUCCUCGGCUUCGAGAAGAUCUCCAAGCAAUGUACCCAUUGGUCACCAGAGGCGCGUACUUUCGACUCGAUCGUGCACCACCAGGACUGGGCUGACUUUGAUGAUAUGCCUUUUGCUGGUACUUCUUGCAAGGUUGAUAUUUCCAACCCGCAUGGUGAUGCUGCUUAUCCCUUGAAGGCGGUUUCGUUUGCCAAGGGUGGGAAGAUGCAUGUUGGUUUUGUUGGUAGUGAGAAGGAUGCUGCCUUUGUCGCUGCUACUCUUGAUGAGUUGGCAGCUGCAGUUCAGGAAUUGUCUGGCUGUAGUCCUGAGCCUUUGGUGCUUGAUGCUUGA